CCAGACAUCAAGUGGUUUGGUUGGUAAGAAGAUUGUCAACUGAAUCUACUCAGAAGAAAAUUUGACUGAGAUAGCUUGAUGCUUGGGACUAUGAAACAAGCCAAAGAAUGCUUAUGGAUUUAAAAUUAUUGUAUUUACCCAGUUGUUAUGGUUCAAGGAAUCCUAGGAGAUUAAUUUGUUCAGUUACUAUUUGCACAACUACUAAAAAUUGCUUCUGAUGCAGCUGAGAAAAAUGCAGUCCAUUAAAACAGAACAGGCACCUGCUGAUACAAGUAGCAAUGUGGACAAAAUUAUGGUGCUUAAUUCCACAUUAACCGACGUAUCUGAUGACUUAGCAAGUGGUGAAGAAAUGCCACUAAAUGAAGGAAGUAUUGUAAAAAACAAAUCUUCAGCAUGCCGGAGAAAACGGGAAUUCAUUCCUGAUGAAAAGAAAGAUGCUAUGUAUUGGGAAAAAAGGCGGAAAAAUAAUGAAGCUGCCAAAAGGUCUCGUGAAAAGCGGCGGCUGAACGACCUUGUGUUAGAGAACAAACUAAUUGCACUGGGAGAAGAAAAUGCCACUUUGAAAGCUGAGUUACUUUCACUGAAGCUAAAGUUUGGUUUAAUUAGCUCUUCAGCAUAUGCCCAAGAAGUUCAGAAGCUCAGUAAUUCAACAGCUGUGUAUUUUCAGGAGUAUCAGAAUUCCAAAUCAAGCAUUAACUCUUUCAUUGAUGAACAUGAGCCGACUAUGGUGGGUAGUAGUUGUAUAUCUGUCAUUAAGCACUCACCACAAAGCUCUUUAUCUGAUGUAUCUGAAGUUUCAUCAGUAGAUCCUGUUCAGCCAAUCCCUAUACACACUGAUUGUAGAAAUCCUGAAAAUAAGUUCCAGAUCAUAAAACAGGAGCCUAUGGAACUGGAAAACUAUACAAGAAAUCCACGAGAUGAAAGAAGCUCCUUUGCAUCAUCCAUAUAUCAAAACUACAUGGGAAGCAACUUUAAUGGGUAUUCACAUUCCCCUCCUCUCCUGCACGUUAACAGAUCAUCCAGUAACUCUCCAAGAACUUCAGAGGCAGAUGAUGGUGUUGUAGGAAAGUCAUCAGAUGGAGAAGAUGAGCAGCAGGUUCCUAAAGGCCCAAUCCACUCCCCCGUUGAACUUAAAAAUACCCAUGCCACAGUCAAAGUUCCAGAGGUGAGUUCUUCUGCACUGCCUCACAAGCUUAGAAUUAAGGCCAAGGCCAUGCAAAUCAAAAUGGAGUCAUUAGACAAUGAAUUUGACACUGCCCAGAAACUGUCAUCGCCAAUUGACAUGUCAUCUAAAAGACAUUUUGAGCUUGAAAAACACAGUGUACAAAAUAUGGUACACACUUCCCACACUCCUUUCUCUGUUCAAGUGACUAACAUCCAGGACUGGUCCCUGAAGCCAGAACACUGGCACCAUCAAAAAGAACUCACUGACAAAAUUCAGACUGCCUGCAAAACUGGAGUGGUUGAUAUUAAAGACAAUUCUUACAAGGUGUCUGAGACAGAGAACUUGUAUUUGAAGCAGGGCAUAGCAAAUUUGUCUGCAGAGGUAGCUUCACUUAAAAGACUUAUAACUACACAACACAUUUCUGCUUCAGACUCUGGCUAAAUUACUACUGAAUAAAUGCUUAUUGUAUUAAAGGAUGUCAUUUGAAGUAGAUUGAUAUGUUUUGUAUUAUGCUGAAUUUUCACUGGACUUGUGAUGUCAUUUCACUGUAAUGUUCACAUAAUGUCUGAUGGAUAGUAUCUUUUUGUGCACAAAUGACUAUGAGGAUUAGAUUGUCAUGCUCACUAUGCCUUGUGUAUAGUCUAGCCUGUGCAAAGGCUGUAUAUAGUGAACAUUAUUUUUCUGUCGUUCUGUUACUAUAAAUUGUGAAAGUUGCCAGUUCCAAUAAAAAAAUUGGUGACAAACACACAAUUAGUUUGCUGUCAGUCAGUUUCUAUUAGCCUGU